CGUAUCUGCGCAUUCAAAAACCCCUGCUUCUUCCUCGUCUGCUUUCUAAUACCUCUGCUUCCUCUCUGCCCUUCUCUCUCUCUCUCUCUCUCUCGGUGAGGGAGAAAGUCUCGACCUUUCUGAGUUUCGACCAACCGUUUGCGUUCUCUCUCUUCGAUUUCGCUCUGUUUUUUCUGCUUUUUUCGUGAUUUGGUGAUUAUCGGAGAGAAUCCCGGGAGCUUUGGCCCAUCUGUUCUCCCUCGAUUUACGUUCACAAGUGCUCUCAAAGGGGGGGGAUCGGUCACUGUAGCUACGUUGCUUUCUCUUCGCGCCGCUGCUCCGCCUCUAGCCGUCCGUUUCAGCUAAUUUUUGGAGGAUUGCUUGGUCUAGCUUCCCUCUCGUUCCUCACCGAAGCUUCUGGCCUGGUACGUCCUACUUUCUCGGCUUUGGAUUCACGGUGCUAGGGUUUCGCGGGAUUUAGAAACUUUUGCUGCUUUUAUGGCAUUUACUUCUGUUGAAGGGGUAGGUCAUCUGGGUAAGGCCCAUUUAGGUGUGGCUGAGGUGAGUGGAAGUUCUCCUUCAGCUGUGCCCCAAAAUCCCUCGCCUUCUGUUGUUGUGGGAUGUUCUGCCCCUCUCGAUUCAGCGCCCGUUGCUCGGGCGGAAGUCCAACGACUUGCUAGCAAAGGCCCCCAAGGCCUGGGUGUUCCUCGUGGUCGUAGCAGAGGCAGGUCUUCUUCCAAAAGGACUCAACCUAGAGACAACAAGGCAGUUGUCAACUUGCCGGAGAAAGUUUUAGAGGCUGCUGAUCCCAAGUGGUCCCAAUGCUUGGUUGGGUAUUUUGUGGGGAAAAAACUUCCGUUUAAACUCACGGAGGCUGCCCUUACUCAGGCUUGGGGACCAAAGUUAGCUGGCGUGAUGGCAAAUGGCCAGGGGUUCUAUUUUCUUCACAUCCCGGAUGCUGAUUUUCGAAGGAAGAUAUUAGAGGGUGGGCUGAUCACAGUUGCCAGGGUUCCCCUUGUUCUUCAACAAUGGAAACCUUUGAUGGACUUGAAGAAGGACAACCACUCCACCGUUCCUGUGUGGAUAAGGUUGAAGAAUCUCCCCUGUGAGCUCUGGUCUCCCCAGCAAUUAGCGCAAUUGCUAGCACGGUGGGGAAACCUCUCUAUGUAGAUCAACGGACUGAACAAAUGAACAUGAUCUCCUUUGCUCGGGUGUGUGUGGAGAUUUCUGCAAUCUGUCUCCGUGUAGUUCAGUUGAGGUGGUCCUUAAUGGCGUCUCUCGUACGGUGGCCAUCGAGUUUGAAUGGAGGCCGGUGUCAUGCCAAAAAUGUGGCAUAUUUGGCCAUUCGUGCCCAGCUCCUGCGACUGAUCCUCCUGCUUCGGAAGCGGCUGCUGCAGCUCAGGUCCAGGGCCCUGCUGCUCAGGAAGCCCCUGCUGCUCUACCCAAUGACGCUCCUGCUGCUCAGGACCACGGCCCUUCUCCUGUUUCUGAAGCGGCUGGGGCUCCUGGUUGCCCUGAUGCUGGACGGAAGCUGUUCCAGAUCGGUGACAGACCUGCUACUCCUGAAGUGGCACCCCUCCCUGCUCCAGCGGGUGCAGUGCUUCCUCUAGGGUCUGAACCAGGGUGGAAGCAAGUAAAGGGGAAGAAGAAUAAGCCUCUUGUGGUUAAGGAUCUUGCUCUUUCCAUACCAGUACCGCCCAGCGAAGAUGGACAGAUCCGCUCCAUCCCUGUGGUGGAUAGGGCCAACCCAGCUGGUACCCCUGUAGCCCCAGCCACCUCUGGAGAGGAUUUGGGCGACUCACCGAGCCUUCUCCGCAGCUCGGACGACAAAGACCUGCUCUCUCCUAGCCCCUUAUCUCCAAGAUCCCCUCCUGCCGGAGAGAAUCCCGUGAAACAGUAUACUGGCAAGGUCUGCGACAAGAUCUUCUCGAGCGGACGAGUGUUGGGAGCAUACAUGAGUUGUCACAUGGCCAAGAAUAUACUGCGGAGAGAGCCAUCAUUGGCGAUCGGUAACAGAGCGAGACGUGUUGAGUAUUGUCUCCGAGAAAACCCCAAGAAAUCGUGGAAAUUCUUGGGGCUGAUGGAAAAUGCCCAAGAAAAUCCGUGCUCGGUCUGCCACAAGCGAUUCAGGUCGACGACAGCUCUGUUUGACCACAUGAAAAUUCACUUGAGGAAGGACGACGAGCGCGGCGACAGGUGCGUGGACCAUCCGGGUCGAUGAAAUCUUGCCGGGAUUGUGCGAGGCCAAUCCACGACAAGGAGAGAUUGAAUUUGAGUCUCUCCAGUGAAGAUCGCUAUGUGGGCUUGAGUAAGACCAAAGGUCAUCUCCUGCGUAGCGUUUUAUUUUACGACAAGGCAAUGCACAUGACCAGGAGGAAGAGGACACCGCGAGUCAGCUGCGAUGUCGAUGAAAGAACUGGGGGAGUUCUGUUUUCUGUACCAAAUGGGUUUUCGCUCAGUAGCGAGGCUGAGCAAGACCCGGCAAACGAAGCAGCAGUUGAGUUAAAGAUCAUGUCCCAAGGUGAGGCGGGCUUCAAUUCUUCAGGUUUGCGCGUCGAACAUUUCCAGAAGAGCUUGGCCCUGGAUUUCAUUGACAUGGAAAAACUGAGGAUAACUGAAGCAUCCGAGUACAAUGAACGCCACUCAAGAGGCUAUACGAGAAUGAAGCAGGAAGGGGUCGAAUUGGAGGUUCCUGCCAGGAUGCUUGGUGGGGCUUGGGAAGUUGAGCACAAAAAGCCUGAAGCAGCCAGAGCAGACGAACAGCCAAUGCAUGAGGUGCCGAUGAUGGAUCGUGACAUGAUGCGAAUUGCGGGUUCUGAUUCGAGAGCUAAAGCAGAACUAUGGAUUGAACCAGGGUUAAAUUCACGCCGAGAUAAUGUCUGCGCUGAGGAAUCCCCAGUUUUCAGUGAAUUGGGUGAGCAAAAUAAGUAUAAAAGCAAGGACACUGAGAGCUACAAACAGGAUGCUACAAUCGAUGCUUCUUGGGGGAUUGAAGGAAAUCGUGGAUGUGCGGAACCCAAGAGCAUCAAGCACUACUCAGAGAAGGUGAAAAGGCACAUAUGCUCAAUAUGCCACAAGGAUUUCUCAUCGGGCCAAGCUUUGGGCGGUCACAAGAGGGCUCAUUACGUGAAGAAUCCUUAAGCCAGUGCAGAAAUGCCGACAAACGCAGCCACACAGCAAAGGCUUGCAGACGUAACUAACAUGGUUGAUCUUUAGCCUCUCAGUACUGUUUGGAAAAAAGAAACAAAGUUUGAUAUUGCUGCUAGUGUUGUGUUCAGAUGAUGAAUCGGUGCAACAGAGGCAAGCACAGAUCAGAUGAUGGUGAGCUCAAUGUGCAGCUUUGUCCAUUUAUUUUGUUUCUGGUAAUAAGCUUUCUAGACUUGGGUUCUUUCACCCUUUUUUACUCCUCUCUCUCUCUCUCUCUCUCUCUCUCUCUCUCUCUCUCUCUCUGUGUUGAAGUUAGUCCAUCCAUAUUUCUAUUCUGAUUUCUCUGUUGAUACAGAUGGAUACAUUCCUUUGGCAUUCUCAUGUCGAUGUUUUUGCCAUUGUUAUUGGAUGAAAUAAUCUGAACUGGUUAUCAUUCUAGCUUCUUGUUUC